GGAGGGAUCUCCGUCUCUCUGCAGUGAUGCGCGCCAGCUGUCCAUUAUGGCUGUUGGGUUGCCUCCUCUUGGAGCUUCUGGGCCCCCUGAGUCUUGCCCGGGUGGAGGCACAGUCGGUGCUGACGGAUGAUGAGAUCGAGGAAUUCUUGCAAGGCUUCCUGCGGAAGGUAGAUUCUGAGAAGGAGGAGGAUGCGGAGGAGCAGGGAGCGGAGAAGGUGGCUCCAGGCGAGGAGCUGCCUGAAAACCCGGGAAGGCUCAACCCUUCAGGGAAGGACAGCAGCCUGGCAGAAGAAGGUUAAAGUAAAG